AUGAUGAAACCGCAACAUAGAAAGGUACUGACAAAAUAUCCUCCAGGGAAGCCAGGUCCAUAUCCUGCUAACGUAAGACCUCACCAGCAACAGUUACUUCAGCAUCAAAUAAAGCGCCCAGCAAGCCAGAUCGCAAAUAGUUCCUCUUUUCACGAUGAAGCGGAAGUUAUGAAUUUUAAACAAUCAUUAGCCCAAAGAUUUAUUCAAAAUCAAGAACUAUUGGAGGUUAUUCUAGAAAAGAAUGUUCCAUUGAAGAAUAUCAUCCCCCCAGCACCCUAUCCUGAACCAAAACAGCACAAUAUUGAUGAUCCAAUGAGUGUGUGGAUUGGUAGUUUGGAUCUGGUAAAGCAACAAAUAGAAAGGAACAACGUGGAAUGUGAUACGUUAAAGUCAGAUGACCAACAUUCAACGGUGCUUGAUCCUCAGUUUAUGGAGCGCGGAAAGCUAUUAAGGAAGUUGAGACAUCUAGAUACCACUAAUCUUGACGAAAUGAAUGAGAACAUGAUGGAUAUCAUGGGCCAGUUUGAAGCUACCUCAGAUAGCAAGAAAUUCUUUCGUGAUUCGAACUGUAUCAAAAAAUCUAUUGACAAAUUGAAACCCAAAAAUUACUCUGAAGCCCCUGCAAAUUGGUACCAAAGGCAAGAACAAAUUAAACUUGAGAUUCAAAAGAAAUAUGAAGAAGAAAUGAAGAGAAAGGCGGUAGAAGAAGAAGAGGCGCGAAGAUUACAGGAGCAGGCACAAAGACAACAACAAUCGAUCAUAUCCCACGGUUCCCAGUUAUCAAACAUACAACAGCAUCCUGUUGUUGCUGGAGGUGCUGACUCUAUGACUUUCGGUUAUGACUCUAAUAUACCCGGCGGGCUAAAUAAUGAUGUCUUCAACAAUGAAAUGGCUGGUUUUAUUGAUGAUAACGAAUUUGGUAUACAAUCUGCGUUGGACGAUAAUGAUUUCUUGAGCCAGAUUGAUCACAGCAUGGAAUGA